AUGGCCAUGAACCAAAACGACGCUACUUUUUACUCCAAGGCUGCUUCGUAUGCCUUCUUGUCCCAGCCCCCGCCUCAGAAGAAGCGCCCAACACUUCCUCUGCCUUCGCCUCCCACUCAGAGCGUCGAAAACCCCGUUCGACAACGCUCUACGACCUUCUCGGCUACUAUCUCUGCUUGGGCUGCCCACGUUCAGCCAGGCUCACCGGCCCCACCUACCCCUUGCUCCCCUCACCGAAGAGGUUCCGUUUCUAGCCGCCGCCGUGUUUCUGGCGGAAUCGGACACGGUCGCGUCGCCUCAAGUCCUUUUGUGAUUACGAACACCCCGACGACCGCCUCCCACAAGACCUUCGACUUCACCGCCGUUGGCUAUAACAACAUCUUCCUCAACCUCCCUCCCGAAACCCCUUCUCCCUUGCUCCGCGAGAAGGCCAUGAGAGACCAAGCUCUUAUCGAAGCCAAGCUUCGCGAGAAGGAGAGAGCCAAGGAGGAGAGCAAGGAGCGCAAGGGAAGAGUCAUGAAGAAGAUCAAGUCCCUGACCACCCUUCGCUCUCGCAGCAAGUCCAUCUCAAAGACCGCCGAGGCUCCCGCCUCUCCCCCUCCACCCAUGCCAACCUCGACCAAGGUCAAAUCGAAGAAAUCUUCGGCCAAGCCUUCACAGAAGAAGAAGGUCUAUGGGCCCCUCGUUCGCGCGCCCCCUACCCUUCAGAACGAACUUGCUCUCAUGCAAUUCGCAGACGGCGGUAGGAUGGAGGAUCACAUCCAUCGCACGAUGACUGGCGCUGACGGCGCUGUAGGUGACGUCUACCGCGAUGGCAAGGGUGGUAUCUGGUGGGACCGGGAGGAGCAGAUGGAGUACCGCGGGUUGCUUGUACCUUCAGAGGGCAGCGAUAAAGUUGAGACUGAAUGGGAGGAUGACAAGGAGCCUACUACCUGGGUUCAAUUCCAGAGCUCCCCCGUUGCUCAGGUUGAGAUUGUUGGCCGAUCUUCCGAAGACACCCUUGUCGAGCCCGAGCCUGCUUUGAAGCAGAAGGGCAAGGAAAUCGUCUUCGAGCGACGAGAGAGUGCCUCAACCCUCUCGUCCCAAGAUUCUGAUCUCGACCCGACAUACAUGAUGCAGACGGAGCAGUCCCCAGCCUACCAUGAUGAGCGAGUCCUUGACUUCGACCUCCGCGCCAGUUCGAACGCCACGGAGACCCUCAAGGCCAACAACGCCGCUUCCAAGCGAAAUGGGAUGAUUCUCUGCCUCCCUGCUCGACCUUUCCGAGCUGCCAAGCACCUCAGGAAGCCCGAGUACAUGGUCGACCUUCAAGCCUUCGGCGUCAUCCCCAAGUCACCGAAAUCCCCCAAGUCACCCCGUUUCUCCACCUCUUUCGGUCCUGCCGUUCCUAAGCCCAAAGGCAAGGCGAGGAGACGCCCGGCUCCCUUGAAGAUCUCCCCUGCCAUGACCAAGUUGAGGCGCGUCGUUGCCGUUUCAUCCCCCGGCUCGGCCGUUCCUCCUCUUCCGCCCGUGCCUCCCCGCCCUUCCCAGCACCCAACCAUCGCUGCAGCUUCCCGCGCAGUAUCCGAAGUCCAGCAGCAACAGCUGCUGAUCAAGGAAGGCAAACAGGAAUUCAUGGUCGACAGCUUCCAACCGGAAGUGUCUCGGUUCGACGAUGAUUCCGAGUAUGACUUUGUCGGGGUUGAGCAUCUUGAAGCUCAAGGCCACAAACCGGGUUUGAAGCAGAGGAGAGGUUCCCGGUUGGAUUUGAGGGGUAUGUUUGGAAAGCCCAAGCCGUUCUAGAGGAAGACACAGAUCCUCGUUUGGAUUCACGACUAAUCACGACGAUCGAACUUAAGACAUGGCGAUACCCUCAAAACUCACGGCGAUACCUCUCUUCACAUGACUCUCGGUUCUUCUUUCUCUCUGGCCAUUUUCUCUUUGAAAACCAUCGGAACAUUCUGCAGUCGUUGACGCUUGCUUUGGUCCUAUCUACCUAUACCCAAAACGCUUUAUAUCCUCGCUUUCUUGGCUUCUCUUCUUUGCUUUCCCGUUGUUCAAGCCCCUUUGAGCGCUACCUUACCCUGUCACUGAAACUAUUAACU